AUGGAUGUCAAUUUCAUGGCGAAAUCAUCCACCGAUUCACCAUUCUUCAUACGAAUCGCCUCGAAUUGUGUCUUCAAGCUUGGAGGAAUCCUUCUCAGCCACCAUGAGAAGGACGUCCUUAGGGAGUGUUUGAUAGAUGGUGGCAAGAUCAUUCUAUCCAUCCGUUCGUCGACAUCUUCGAGCAUCACGACUUCCCACACUCCUUGUGCUUAUCUCGUCUAUUUUGGAACAAACAAAGCUAUGGUGGCAGAAUUCAAGAAUCAAAUGAUGAAAGAAUUUGAGAUAACAGACUUGGGACUCAUGAAAUAUUUUCUUGGUAUACAAGUUAAGCAAAGUCCAGGAAAAAUCUUUCUAGCACAAGAAAAAUAUAUUGAAGAUCUGCUCAAGAAAUUCAAUAUGAGUCAAUGCAAGCCCCUCUCUACUCCUAUGGCGUUGAAUGAAAAUUUUCAAGUUAACGACGAUGGUGAGAAAGCUGACUCAACUAGUUAUAGAAAGUUGAUUGGUUCCUUAAUCUAUCUCAACACAAGACCGAAUAUCACACAUUCGGUAAGCUUGCUUUCUAGAAUUUUGAAUGAGACAAGUCAAAUUCAUUUUGCCGCCGCAAAAAGAAUCCUUAGAUAUCUUAAAGCCACAAAAACUCAAGGAAUUGAAUUCAAAAAGGAAAGUGAACGUAAGUUGGUUGGGUAUAUAGAUAGUGAUUGGGUAGGCUCAAUUGAUGAUCGAAAAAGUACCUCCGAUUAUAUCUUUUGUCUUGGAUCAAAUGUAAUAUUAUGGAGCUCAAGAAAACAGAAAUAUGUGGCAUUGUCAUCAGUCGAAGCAGAGUAUAUAGCAUGUACUGAUGUAGCUUGUGAAGGUGUUUGGCUUCAAAGAAUUUUAAAGGACAUGAAGUUUGAGCAAUGUGAGCCGACAAUUAUUCAUUGUGACAAUAUGUCGGUUAUUAAAAUGACAAAGAAUCCCGUUUUUCAUGCUCGGUCCAAACAUAUUGAACUACAACAUCAUUUUAUUCGAGAUUUGGUUACUCAAGAAGUAAUUUCCAUUAAGUUUAUCAAGACGGAGGAUCAGCCAGCAGAUAUCAUGACCAAAGCCGUCACGAUUGACAAGUUCAACAAAUUUAAGAAGAAACUCAAGAUUACUAAUUAA